AUGGUCUCACUUACUUUGCAAAAGAGAUUAGCUGCCUCUAUCCUCAAAUGUGGAAAGGGUAGAGUCUGGAUUGAUCCAAAUGAAAUCUCUGAGAUUUCAAUGGCCAACUCAAGAGACAACGUUCGCAGCCUCAUCAAGAACGGUUUCAUUAUCCGUAAGCCAGAGGUUGUCCACUCUCGCUUCAGAGCCAGACAGCACCACGCUGCUAAGCUGUUGGGCCGUCACAGAGGUCAUGGUAACCGUCUUGGAACCCGUGAGGCAAGAAUGCCAUCCAAGGUUCUCUGGGCCAAGGGAAACAUCUUCAAGAACAAGCGUACUUUGAUCGAGUACAUUGUCAGAUCCAAGACUGAGAAGCUCAGAGAGAAGCAGAUCAACGAUCAGGCCCAGGCAAGACGUUUGAAGAACAGAAACCUCAAGGAGCGCAGAACCACCAAGGCACUGGCCAAGCAUGUCUACUAA